UACAGCAAACUGGAUAUCUGCUAGGACUAAUUAUCAGCUGCAAAAUGGGAUAAUCUUCACAGAAUUUCGCCAUCCUUCAAGUCAACAGGAACUAAACAACCAGUCAAGGAAAGUGUUUUUCUUUCAUUUUUACAAUUUGCAUUCUCCAUAGACGUAGGCACAAAGGGCUUAGGGGAUAAUGGUGAUAAAAACGAUGUUACAUUAUGAGCUCACGACAGCUGGAAUGCAUCGUCAGAGACACGACCGAACCAUUUAAAUUGUUCAAGGCGACAGUUUGAUUUUAAAAAGCGUGUUUUUCUCUCACCAAGGAGUAUUUUGUCCAUUCUGUGCUCUCUGGAGAACAGAUGCUGUCAUUGUGCUGGGGACCGAGAUUUGUGCGCGUGAUAUUCUGCGAGUGGUCUAGUCGGAAUGGUGCGCGAGAUGACCGUGCGCGUGUCUUUAUUGUUUGCGCGCGACAUAACGCUCAAUAACGGCCAUUCUGUCGUUGAAGAACUUCGCAACGACGACCAAUUUGGAAAAGGAAGACUGAUACUUCUUACAAUUCCAGGGAAAUCAUGAGCGAAGUGUUUUGUAAACGUUUUUACUAAGUGUCUUUUCAUUAUCCCUUAUUAUGAACGUCUUGUUUUCAUACUUUCCUCUGAUUUCCUUUGCCUUGGGCGAAGUCCCACUCAGUUGGAGAUAGUUAAGUGUUUGUUUCUGACCAAUUUGAUAUUUUCCCACAUCAUUCUGAGCAAAAACAAUUAAUGCCAACAAUGGUGGAGCCUGUGGGUUUCAUUGAAGCAUGGAAAGCUCAGUUUCCAGAGUCAGAGCCUCCAAAGAUGGAGCUCAGGUCAGUAGGGGGCAUCGAACAAGAACUGGAGAAGUGUAAAGCUUCCAUAAGACGGUUAGAAAUGGAGGUGAACAAAGAGCGUUUUCGGAUGAUCUACCUUCAGACACUGCUGGCAAAGGAGAGAAAGAGCUAUGACAGGCAGAGAUGGGGUUUCAGGAAGCCACCUUACAUGAUUGAAGGGGACCAGCAAGCUGUAGGGGCUGAUUCCCAGCAUCUCCAUGCACAAGAGCAUGGACAGGCAGAACGCAGCAGGUUUCAGCCUGUAGGAGAGACCAGAGCGAAACCAAGACCUCCCCCUGCUAGGAAGUCAGCCUCCCAUGGUGAUGGACUGGAGCUACAAUCAGGGUUUGAGGCACACCAGGCAGGGCCGGUCAGUGAGACGGAUGGGCUCUCACCAUCCACACAGAGGGGCGGGGUCUCCCCUCGCAGGCCCCAUCCACACCCUGACAAGGAACUGCCUUCAGAUCCAUCCCCCAAAGACAAGCCAGGCAUGGGGCUUGGGGUGGCUGCCUUACGGUCGAACUUUGAGAGGAUCAAACGGGCUAACUCGCACUCAGCCAGUGAAGGGAAAGGAGGCCAAGAAAAAUCUUUCUACACCAACGUGGAGUUUCAUCAUGACAGGGGCCUUGUGAAAGUCAAUGAUCGUGAGAUCUCUGACAAAAUCGUCUCUCUUGGAAACCAAGCCAUGCAGAUGGAACGGAAGAGGUCUCUCCAUUCACUUCCUGGCAACCUUGCUACAGUGGCAGGUGAUCUGCGCACCAGGCCUGUCUAUAGGGGGCGCUCUACUGAAAGCACCUGUGGGUAUGAUGCAGAGUAUGAAGAUGGUGAGCCCAGCCCACGCUACAGACCAAACGGGGGUAAACCCCCACCACCACCAUGGCAACCAUCUGAUUUCCAGCCAUAUACUAGUGUUUACGUUGGAGGUAUGAUGUCAGGAGACAGUGGUGAUGGUAGGGUCACCAUGAGAGACCAUGGAGGAAGCGAUGACCAUCUCCUCACCUGGCCAAGGAGGUCCUACUCACCUGGGAGUUUUGAGGAUGUGGGGGGUGGUGGAGGGGGCUACACGCCGGACUGCAGCUCUAAUGAAAAUCUGACGUCUAGUGAGGAAGACUUCUCCUCAGGGCAGUCCAGUCACGUGUCGCCCAGCCCUACGACAGCCUACCGUCGGCCCCUUCGGGAGAAGAGUCGCUCACCCUCUCAAAACUCUCAGAAUUCUCAGCAUUCGUUUGACAGCAGCAGCCCCCCCACACCGCAGACUCAAAAGCGGCACAGGCAGCAACAUGUUGUGGUGUCCGAGGCCACAAUAGUAGGUGUUAGGAAAACAGGACAAAUCUGGCCCCACGAUGGAGACUCAAUUGCCUCCAGCAGGGCUUCCCAUGACAACCAUGGAGAUCUAGAUGGUCCAUUUAUGGGCACGCCUCCCAAUUACGGUUACGAUGCUGACCGGGCGGAGGAGCAGCGACGACACCAUGACAUCCUGCCCUACAUCGAUGACUCCCCCUCCUCCUCCCCUCACCUCAGCUCUAAGAGCCGCAGCAGUCGUGACACCCUCUCCUCUGGCUCAAUUGAGUCCUCCAAGUCUGCAGAGUUGGACCUGGAGAAGGGCUUGGAAAUGCGGAAAAGGGUGUUGUCUGGAAUCCUGGCCAGUGAAGAGACCUACCUCAGCCACUUGGAGGCGCUAUUACUGCCCAUGAAGCCCCUGAAAGCAGCGGCCACCACUUCCCAGCCUGUCCUGACUGUUCAGCAGAUCGAGACAAUAUUCUUCAAAGUGCCUGAGCUCUAUGAGAUCCACAAAGAAUUCUACGAUGGCCUUUUACCCAGAGUGCAACAGUGGAGUCACCACCAACGCGUGGGAGACCUUUUCCAAAAACAAGCAAGCCAGCUUGGAGUGUACAGGGCCUUUGUGGAUAAUUAUGAACUUGCUGUGGAGACUGCGGAGAGGUGCUGUCAAGCAAACACGCAGUUCGCCGAGAUCUCUGAGAGUCUCAAGGUCAGGAGCACCAAGGAGUGCAAAGACCUGACAGCCAAAUACUCACUAGAAACUCUUCUCUAUAAACCAGUGGACAGAGUGACCAGGAGCACCCUCGUUUUACAUGAUCUUCUGAAACACACCCCCUCCAGUCAUCCAGACUACCCCCUGCUUCAAGACGCCCUCCGUAUCUCGCAGAACUUCCUGUCUAGCAUUAACGAAGAGAGCACACCUCGCCGCCAGUCAAUGACAGUGAAGAAGGGAGAGAACCGUCAGCUGUUGAAGGACAGCUUCAUGGUGGAGCUUGUGGAAGGGGCGCGAAAACUACGACAUGUUUUUCUCUUCACUGACCUCCUGCUCUGUGCCAAACAGAAGAAACAGAUGGGAGGGAAGAGCAAGCAGUAUGACUCUAAGUGGUAUAUUCCUCUCUCAGACCUCACCUUUCAGACAGCAGAGGAGUCGGAGCCCCUUUCUAUCCCACAAGCCUCUGACGAGGAGCUGGAAGCCAUUAAGAUCAAGAUCUCUUCCCUCAGGAGUGAGAUCCAGAGAGACAGGCGGGCCAACAAAGGGUCAAAGGUCAUGGAGAGGCUGAGGAAGAAGCUGUCAGAACAGGAAUCUCUACUGCUGCUGAACUCUCCCAACAUGCCCCUUAGAGUGCACCACCGCAACGGAAAGAGCUACACGUUUCUGAUCUCGUCAGACUAUGAGCGUGCGGAGUGGAAGGAUCUGAUUCGAGAACAGCAGAAGAAAUGCUUUAAGAGCUUUAGCCUGACCUCCAUGGAGCUGCAGAUGCUCACAAACUCUUGUGUCAAACUCCAGACGGUCCACCACAUCCCCCUCACUGUCAAUAAAGAGGAGGAUGAAUCCACUGGACUGUAUGGAUUCCUGAAUGUAAUUGUCCAUUCUGCCUCUGGACUUAAACAGAGCUUAAAUCUGUAUUGCACAUUAGAGGUGGACUCCUUUGGCAUCUUUGUGAAUAAAGCCAAAACAAGGGUGUACAGAUACACCACAGAACCCAAGUGGAACGAGGAGUUUGAGAUUGAACUAGAGGGCUCCCAGACGUUGCGUCUACUGUGUUACGAGAAGAGCUACAAUAAAGCCAAGAUGAACAAAGAGGACAGCGAGAGCACGGACAGAAUAAUGGGCAAAGGACAGAUCGCGUUGGAUCCUCAGAUGCUCCAGGGUAAAGACUGGCAGAGAACAGUUAUCCCAAUGAACGGGAUUGAGGUGAAGAUAUCAAUUAAAUUUACCAGCCGGGAAUUCAGCCUGAAGAGAAUGCCCUCAAGGAAGCCAAUGGGUGUGUUUGGAGUAAAUAUCUCCACGGUUACAAAACGAGAGCGCUCUAAAGUGCCCUACAUAGUUAGACAGUGUCUGGAGGAGAUUGAGAGAAGAGGAAUGGAGGAAGUGGGUAUCUACCGCGUCUCAGGAGUGGCCACUGACAUUCAGGCGCUCAAGACUGCCUUUGACACCAAUCAUAAAGAUGUGUCAGUAAUGAUGAGUGAGAUGGAUGUGAAUGCCAUUGCUGGAACGCUAAAGUUGUACUUUAGGGAGCUUCCCGAGCCCCUAUUCACUGACGAGCUCUACCCAAACUUUGCAGGAGGAAUUGCUCUUUCAGACAGCGUAGCUAAAGAGAGCUGUAUGCUGAACCUCCUACUGUCUCUACCAGAGCCCAACCUGGUGACCUUCCUCUUCCUGCUGGAUCAUCUCAAGAGGGUUGCAGAAAAGGAGAGUGUUAACAAGAUGUCUCUUCACAAUCUGGCUACCGUGUUUGGUCCGACACUGCUACGACCUGCGGAGAAGGACAGCAAAAUCCCAACUAACCCCACACAGCCUAUCACAAUGGGAGACAGCUGGUCCCUGGAGGUUAUGUCACAGGUGCAAGUUUUGCUGUAUUUUCUUCAGCUGGAGACCAUCCCUACACCAGACAGUAAGAGGCAGAGUAUCCUGUUUUCCACCGAGGUGUAAAGGAAUACUUAUUCCCAUUCUAAGUCUCACACCAGUAGGAGAGAGUGUGUGUGUGAGAGAGAGAGAGAGAGAGAGAGAGAGAGCAUGUCCACCCACUGGGUGUGAGGGACACUGGAAUGCACAAGAGCGGCGACUCCUGGACAAAAGUGGGAGUGCUUUGUCUUUUGCUCAUUUUCUAGUUGUCGCCACUAGGGGGCACUUGAGGAGCUCAAAAUAUUUGGAGCACACAUGAAUAAUACUGAAACCUAAAUGUACCCCAAAUCAGCUAAUUUUUUUCUGUCCGUUCAGCACCUUUGCUCUUCAUUUCCACAGACCUUGGUUGAUAAUGGAUUCCUGAGCAUGCUCUUACGUUGUGUACAUGGGCCUUUAACUAUGUCAUAUAAGCUGGUGACAGUAAAUUCUCUCAGAUCUAUAUCUACUGCCUCUGAUGUUUGUCCUCAUACAUUGUCGGUCCCCAUUUGUCACUGAUGAAAACCACUUGCUCUUUCUGUGCUGCUACAAUUCAGUAUCCAACACCAAACUGUAACAGAUUUACAGUAUGUCAGUGUACAGGAGCCUUUUAUUCAAUAGGCAGUUCUCCACAACUUUGUUCGUACUGCAGACUCUUUUAAAGUUAAAUGGAAAACAGUGUUUUGUCAAUCAUUUAAAGGUGUUCAUUUAGGAUUUGUGUGUUAAUGAUGGUAUUUAGUUUGCAGUGUUGAUGUGAUUCUAAGUUAGAGAAACAAUCCAAUAAUCUAACUAUUAUUUCAUUUUUAUUCUUUAUUUUUUCUUGCCCAUACCUCUUUAUCAAGCAAUAUUUAAGAGUUUGGGAGUGUUUAAACAUUAAAAUAAUAUGAUACAUGUUUUUUAUUUUGUCCUUUUUUUGGGGGGGGGGGGGAGAAAGAUACUUUCAUAUAGAUUUAAGUACAUUAUCAAGAGCGUCUUUAUAUUUUUCUUUAUUCUGAUUUAUGUAAUACAUACAGAAUAAUUAUGAUUAUUUAUUUGGGCCCAGAUAUCAACAUCAGUAUCAUUAUAUAUGAGAAUAUCAAUUGUUAAUUUAAUCCGUGUUAUGAAGUACUGUAGAUUCCUUACAUAUCCUGUUCUACUGUCUUUAUUUCGUUUUUUUUUAUCUCAAUCUGAAUCGUUGAUUUAUCAUAAGUCCCCAUUCAGCACAGCUAAAUGCCUGGAGACUCUGUCAUUAAUUUGACGAUGCUUAGAGGAUGCUAAAGAUAGCACACCAACAUUAGCGUUUCCCCUGCCAUAUAUCUAGUGUUGAGAGAUGACCAAAUGGAGAGCGCUUUUUGUAUUCAAAAUCUUCCCUCUCAUCAGUCAGAUCUCUCCAGCUUCAUACACUGUGGUUUAUGUCUCGCUCCAUGUUAAUUCAGACUAACUAAACAACAUUGCCUUGCAGUCUUAUUGUAAGACUCUUAAGAUAAGACAAUAAUGCUGUAAAUGGCACAAACAGAGCACUGCUGUUUGUUGCCCAUGAGUCGUGUCAUACUUUUUAAUGAAGGAUGGGUUAUUUUCAGAACGAUGCACUACAUCUACUGUUUCCUGUUUCUAACUAUUACAGCCGCUGUUUAUCUGUAUUGUCCUUGUAGCAUUUCUGUUAAUUAUAUAAAUAAAAGUUAAUGCUCUUAGUCUUUUAUUAUUUUCAGUUGAAAAGUUAAAAAAGGUGCUUUAGUUACUUUAUUUAACAUGCAGGCAUGUUCGUUGAUAAAGUGUUUUUUUAUGUUUGUUUUGAUAAGUUUGAUCAUUGUUGUUUGUGCAUUUGAUGCAAUAGUAUCGUUGAACCAAAUUUUUGCUAUUGUAGAAGGAUUUUUGAAGACUGCAACAUAUCUGUAAAAAGGGGACCAUGUUCGAUAAAUGGAAUUUCUGUUAAUCACUGUAUAAAGUCUUUUUCUGUUGUUAACUAUGAUCAGUAAAGGUGCAUUCCCAUUAUUGCAAUGACUAUACAUCUUGUCCGUCCUCUUCUCUGGCUGAGUUUGUCUUUAACCGUAAUUGUCGGCACUAAAUGUAAAUGUCAUGUCUCGCAACCAAACUACAGCAUUCAUAAAAGUUAAAGCAAGGUAAAUGUUAAUCUUCAUUUUACAGCAUUACGCGUGUCACAGAAAGGGUGUAUUCUAGACACCAAUGUGUCCUGGAGAUGAUUGUAAAAGUUCUUCAGAGAAUAUGAAGGCCCUUUUGUCACUAAUCAAACUCUCCAUGUUUGCAGCUCCAUAUUACACAAUCAUCUGUGACAAAUGAUGAAUAAAAUAUCCUCUUAUCAGUAUGAAACUAAACCAUAAAUCAAAGACAGGAAAAAAAAAAAAAAAAAAAACUGUGAUGUAUUGCUCACAGAAAGCAGGUUAUAUUAGGUUAUGCAAAGCAUUCCCAUUGUGUUAAUUUCUUUUUUUUAUGUGCUUAAUUUGAUUCUUGGAUGCUACUGGGAGAAGAAUAUUGGAGCAUUGGGGAAAAUGCACCAGCUGAAUAAGAGAUACAGAGUAUGUUAUUUGAAAAACUGUUAUUUGCAGUGCACAUGGUUGAAUUACUGAUGUGAUUACACUUCUGAAAAAAGCUUGCAUGGCCUGUAAACCAUUACAAAUUAUCUACACUCUGAAAACUGUUCUGUUAAAUUAAUUGACUCACAUUGACUUAAUGAUUCAGUCUAUUCUCUUAGGUCUAAAGUUUUGUAUGGAAACAAGGGAGAGAGAUAGGUGCAAAAAGUGAUGCUGGAGUAUCCACAAAGUGUAACAGUUUUGAAAUAGUUGGUAUUUAUCUGCAUCUGUCAUAUCCAUUGUAGUGUUAUCAUGGUUUGUUGAAAUGUUGCCUUUUAAAACAUAAGACGUACUGCACAGCCACUGGGACAGGCUAUGGAUUCUCUCCCUUUCUCCUCACAGUUUUUCGUCUCUAUAUAUUCUCGCUAAUACCUUAAUGUUCUGGUUAUAGGACUGUACAAAUAGAUACUGAAUUCUGCAGAUUGAAAGGUUUGGAAGGCAUUUGUGGCCUCUGUUUAUACACAAAAUGUUGAAUAAAACCUCCUGUA